AUGAUUGGGUUUGAAACUGCCGUUCGGAAGAGCUCUGCUCGUGAAAGGGAUUCUGUCAUUGACGGGAAAUGGGAUGCCAACGACGGUUCCCCCCUACCUAGCGAGACAACCGACCCGAAUACCGUCGACUGGGACGGCCCCGAUGACCCUGCGAACCCGCACAAUUGGUCCAAGGCGUACAAGUUGACCAACGUGGUGGUUGUAAGCUUGUCUGUGCUCUACACCAACCUCGCAACCACCAUGUUCGCCCCGGGUGCCCCAAGCAUGCAACGCGAAUUCGGCUUCAAGAGCAGCACUGUUGAGAUCAUGACCAUUACCAUGGCGUCGCUUGGCUUCGCCCUGGGCCAGAUGUUUAUCCCUCCCCUGUCCGAGGUCUUUGGACGCAUGCCUGUCUAUCGUGCGAGCUCCAUCUUUUACCUUGGCUUCACCGCCGGCUGUGCGUGCAGCACCAACGUCGCUGAGUUUCUCGUCUUCCGCUUAUUAACAGGUUUGGCUGCUGCGUCGUACAUGUCGACGGGCGGCGGCACUGUCGCCGACCUCUUGCCGAAGGAGAAGAGGGGUGUAGCCAUGGCCAUUUUCACCGCGGGGCCACUCUUCGGUCCUGCUGGCGCUGUCACUGCCAUCACCUUUCUAUUCAUGCACGAGACGAGUUCCGUCAACAUACUCAAGUCCAAGGCCGCUCGACUUCGCAAAGAGACGGGCAAUCCGAAUUUGCGCGCCGUCGGCGAUAAGCAGACCCCUGUGAAGCAGCUCGUGCUCCACGCCAUGGUCCGCCCCAUGAGAAUCCUCUUCACUUCACCUCUUGUUGCACUCAUCGCCCUCUAUAUAGCCUUCAACUUUGGCGUCACAAUGCUCCUCUUUGCUACUUUCCCGACUGUUUAUGAAACUACCUAUCACUGGAGCAUUGGUGUUUCAGGCCUAGCCUACAUCGGCGUCGGCAUUGGCUGCGCCAUCGGUGUCGUCACCUUUGCCAAGCUCAGCGACCGUCUUCUGACUGAUCAAGGGGGAACCUACCGCGCAGAACGGCGCUUGAUCAUAAUGAUGUUUGUAUCUCCUAUGUUCCCCAUCGUCCUCUUUAUCUAUGGCUGGACUACAGAGAACAAGGUGCACUGGGUUGUGCCCAUCGUCGGUACUGCCAUCUGCGGGCCUGGUGCUGUCAUCAUCAACUCGUCGUCGCAGACAUACAUUAUCGAUAUCUUUGGGCCGCAGGCUGCAGCAUCCGCCCUUUCUGCCAUCACGCUGCUACGCAACCUAACGGGCGCCUUUCUGCCUCUCGCUGCCCCGGCACUCUACGCCAACCUAGGCCUGGGCUGGGGAAAUAGCGUGUUGGCAUUCAUUACGGUGCUAUUUAUUCCCCUGCCGUUCUACUUUUACUGGCGCGGCGAGUCCUUACGAAAAACGUUUCCCGUCAAGGUCUGA